ACCCAUUUUUCAUUUUACAAUUUAUUGAUUUACGCACCCGUUCCUGCUCUGUGAGAAGGUGACAAGCACAAUAUCCCACCGAGUUUAUUCAGACCCAUUUCAGCAAAUUAGCUCAGAUCAAGAGGUUUCUUUAGGUAGGGUCUAAGGCUUUUUGAGUCUAGUACAGUAUUAAUCUCAGUUUGCUUCAAGGAACAGCAUUCAAAUGGAGCCUGACAGGUUAAAUUCUCCAGCUACUUUUUCAAUGCCUCUUGAGGUUUUAGGCCAUGAAUUGCAGUUCUCUCAGGAUCCAAAUUCCAAGCAUUUAGGAACGACAGUUUGGGAUGCGUCACUUGUGUUUGUCAAAUUUCUGGUUUAGGUGAGUGGGAUUUAACUUUGCCAACUUUUGUCAAGUUGAAUGCAGUAUGGGAACCUUAAGCAUUGAUCAGGAGAAAAAUUGCAGAAAGGGAAGGUUCUGCCCUUCUAAACUAAAAGGGAAACGUGUUAUUGAACUUGGGGCAGGUUGUGGAGUAGCUGGCUUUGGCAUGGCUUUGCUGGGAUGUGAUGUAGUGGCAACAGACCAAGUUGAAGUUUUGCCAUUGCUUAUGAGAAAUAUUGAACGUAAUACUUCAAGAAUUUUACAGAUGAAUCCUGGUUCUGAUUCAUUUGGUUCAAUUCAGGUUGCAGAGUUAGACUGGGGAAAUGAUGAUCAUAUUAGGGCUGUUGGUCCACCGUUUGACUACAUCAUUGGCACUGAUGUUGUUUAUGCAGAGCGUCUCUUGGAACCACUAUUGCAAACAAUAACUGCAUUAUCAGGACCUAAAACUACAAUUUUGUUGGGGUAUGAGAUCCGUUCUACAAAUGUCCAUGAGCAAAUGCUUCAGAUGUGGAGAAGAAACUUUGAUGUUAAAAUUGUUCCACAAUCUAAGAUGCACACCACAUUCCAGCAUCCAAGUAUUCAACUGUUCAUCAUGGGAUCAAAACCUCCAGAGAGGAAUACAGAAAACACAGAUCAGGGGAGUGAUCAAGAAAGUGACAAGGUUGAAACAAGUACGGAGGAGAAUGAUGGGAGAAGCAGUGAGGAGGAAAAAGUGACUGAUUCUGUUGGUGAUUUAGUGGAGGAAGGGUGCGAUCUAGUGACAAAACUCCCAAAUGAGAAACUAAAUGAUUUUGAAACGAGAAGAUAUGGCUCAAUGGCUGCUCGACUUCUGCGAGAUGUCAAGAUAUCUUAAAUUUCCGGGGCAUGCCUUUGUGAAGUCAACCAAAGGAUGGAUCCAAAGUUCUGAAGAAAUCAGAGGUAUGCAAGGAUGCACAACGAAAGUCUUGCAUCUGCUACCGAGGAAAAGUGGAGGGAUGGAUAGACAGAAAGACAAUAUCAAUGAACUUGUUUUUUGUUUUAAGAUCUAUGGUUUACUUUACGUUUUAGAUAGGGAUUUGAUGGGUUAUUUUCAAUUCCUAACUAGGGCAGUACUUCUCACACCUUGUUACUGAUGUUUGUUUGAAAAUGCUUUUAGUUAAAGGUAUUAAUUAAGCAUUUGUGUGGAGCCUAUGGUCUUUGUUUGUGCUUUUUUUGGAAUUGAUUAUUGUGGUUGAAAUUUGUGAAGUUGAUGAAUGAUUAUGCUUGAAAAUAUAAUGGAAAUUUUAUA